AUGUUCCAACUUUCUUCCCUCGUUCAGAAGGCGCAGGCCUUCAUUGACCCGGCUAAUUUUCUGCUUCCUUCUUCCUCUUCUGACCGGAAUCCUUCCAAGGCAUCUCUUUUCCGCCAACAAUUCCGUCUCCCUGAUUCUCAGAAUCCGCUCCAGGAAAUAAGCGCUGAACUGGUCUUACCCGUCCCCUUCUUGACACCCUCGCAUGCCACACAGGGCACCAAGGAUGCAGAACGACCAGGAAACAGAUACGAAGGAAACUUGCAUUUGAGCGAGCGGUUCUUGUGUUUUUCAACGCAGCAUACUAGUUUUUUGUCAGCCGCUAGCUUUGGUGCUUCGUCAGCAUUCACGGGUCAAACACAUGGGACGGGACCUUCGGGCAAUGGGUUCACAAUCCCACUAUGCGCAAUUCGAAGGGUGGAACGUUUGAACAGCCUUAGCCAUGUGUUCUCACUGGCGUUGACGACGUGGAAUGGAGCACUGGUAAAAACUAAUGCGAAGGACACCCCGGCGGCACCGCAACGGUUCACUUUGCAUCUGAUAGGGAGUAGACACGCGUGUGAACGGUUCUGUGAUGGUCUAAAGAGAGGUUUGAGAGAAGGAAUGAAAGAUGUGGAUAAUUUACGGAUGGUUGUCGCAGAGUGUCAUUCUGAGUACUUGCUCAGUGGGCGAACGACUAAGUCAAAUGACAAACCCGACCAGAAUGCACCUGUAAGGGAGCCGCCUGACACAGGUUUAGGAUUGGUGUUCAGGUAUCCUGGGGAUGCUCGGAAACUAAGGGACCGAAGUAAAAUGAGGUUAUGGGGAGAGUAUUUUAGAGAAACACUAUCAAAAUUUUCUGGACGCGAGUCCCUCGCUAUAGACGAAAUCGAAAAAGAUCUGAACCGUAGUCUUCCUGAAUAUCCAGGAUUCCAGAGCGAAGAAGGUAUUGGUCGGCUACGGAGAGUUUUGACUGCUUACAGUUGGAUAAAUGAAGAAAUUGGUUAUUGUCAAGCCAUGAAUAUCGUUGUUGCCGCGUUAUUAAUAUAUACGUCUGAAACGCAAGCUUUCUUCUUGUUAUCGGUCCUAUGUCAGCGUCUUCUACCUGGUUACUACUCCACAACAAUGUACGGAACACUUCUGGACCAGAAGGUUUUUGAAUCGCUUGUGGAGAAGACAAUGCCUGUUCUCUGGGAACAUCUAGUUCGAUCAGAUGUUCAGCUCUCGGUUGUGUCUCUUCCGUGGUUUUUGUCACUAUAUAUCAACUCAAUGCCUCUCGUGUUUGCAUUUCGUGUUCUCGACGUGUUUUUCCUGGAAGGACCUAAAGUCUUGUUUCAAAUUGGAGUCGGCGUUGGGCCCAGCCCUACUCUUAUGGAUUACGACUGUUUUCGAGAGUUCGUGGCAGCCACUGCCAAAUGGGCCACUACAGACUCUCCAGCGCGCCAAAGUAUUUCCCCAACCGAGCGGGGUACUUAUUCAAAUUCAGGUAUCAGAGGACGGAGCAAAUCAUUUGAUGUUAACGGUGCCACACGGGCCGCCGACCACGAGUUCAUGAGGCGACUGUUCCGCAACUGGGAUGUCGAUAAAGUUCAAGGUCUAAGCCUUCAAAAUGUUGUGAACGGGAUGGUUCGCAUAAAAGGAUCUAGGGAUAUCAUGAAUACGAUCAACUACUUUUUCGAGCUGUACGAUGAUAAUGGGACUGGCCAAGUUGAUAGGGAAGGCAUCCUUAGGAUGUCAGAAGCGUUACUCUUCCUUUCAAGAAGAGGAUUCGAUGGUACUUUGGUUUCGAGUGACCCGGCAGAAACUAAUAACGCUGUAUUAUCCGUGGAGAAGGGGCUUGGGGGUAACACUACCUUAAGUACUGAAGAGAAAUUUCUAGGAAGUGUUAGCGACUUCAUACGCCGGUGCUUUGAGUACGCGGAUCCCAGUCAUCCAUCGAACCAGGAGAAGUCAACAAGUGAGACCGAGCGCAAGGUAGACGCAUUUGCCAUUGGAGACGACGAAGACAAUGAUGGAGACCUUAUAGACUUAGAAGAUACGGAUGUCGCCAAUAAAAAUCAAGCAAAUUCACAUUCCAAUAACCCCUCAUCUUCACCACAAAAAUCCACUGCCCCCUUACAAACCAGUACAAACUACAAACAAGCUUCCGAAUCUGCAAACCUCGCCCUCGAUCCUGCCCACCCACUACAUAUCACCAUCCCGACUUUCCGCAUGGUAAUCCUCGCCGACGAACUCCUCGAACAAUUCUUCGAGACCUUUUUCCCUCAAUCUUUCCACCUCUCCGACACUCCCGACAUGGCCUCCCUUCGCAACAACUCACUUUCUUCUAACCUCACGACAUUCACCAACCUCGGCGCUAGACGUCAUGGUGCCGGUACGGUGUCAAGCAUCGGCGCCACCGUCGCGGGAGCCUCUGGCGGCAUAGUUCCUCCAGGCCACAAGGGCCUACGCGGCGUCCUGGACAAUAUAGUGUCCGAUGGGAUGCGCAUGGCAGCAGAAGUACGCAAGAAGAUGGAUGAAGCUCAACGAGAGUUGGAGGAGAAUGCACAUGCCGGGCGGCCGGAUGAUGACGACGAUGAAGAGGACGAUGGGAUGUAUGACGAUAGCAGAAGCGGACAUGGCCCGACAAUGCCUGGCGGCGGAAGAUCCUCCGCGCGUGAUGCGGAUCGUGAUUUGUUGGAAGGGGCUGAGGUUGCAGCUUAG